AUUCCCAAGAAUCCCAACUAUCUCAAUCUCUCUCUGCUUAAAUCUUUCACCCUGAAAGAAAAAAAAAACCUAAUUCUGAUUUUUCAUUGUAGGAUUAGAUUAGAUGGCGGGACAUCUAGCUGAUAUAUAUGGUACAGAAAAAGACAGAGUCAAUUGUCCUUUUUAUUUCAAAAUCGGUGCUUGUAGACAUGGAGAUCGGUGUUCUAGGCAUCAUACCAGACCUUCUAUUAGCCCUACUAUUCUUCUCGCUAACAUGUAUCAAAGACCUGAUAUGAUCACUCCUGGUGCUAGUAUUCAUCCUUCCGCUCAGGAUCCUCGUCAUAUUCAACAACACUUUGAUGAUUUUUAUGAAGAUUUGUUUGAUGAGCUGAGCAAGUAUGGAGAGAUUGAAAGUCUUAAUAUCUGUGACAAUGUGGCUGAUCAUAUGGUGGGGAACGUUUAUGUUCAAUUUAGAGAGGAAGAACAUGCUGCUAAUGCACUUAAGAAUUUGACUGGAAGGUUUUAUGCAGGGCGUCCUAUUAUUGUUGAUUUCUCUCCUGUGACGGAUUUUCGUGAAGCUACCUGUAGGCAAUACGAUGAGAAUACAUGUAAUCGAGGUGGAUAUUGCAACUUUAUGCAUUUGAAGAAGAUUAGCAGGGAAUUGAGGCGGCAAUUAUUUGGUAGGUAUCAUCGUUCUAGGCAUAGCCGCAGUAGAAGCAGAAGCCGUAGUCCUUACAAGCAUCGAAGUGAAGAGCGUUCACAUGGUGGUCGUGGUCAUGAUAGAAGGUCCAAUGAUCGCGGUAACAGAAGCCCUGGAAGGAGAAGGGGACGAAGUAGGAGUCCUGACAGGAAGAGGAAUAGGAGCCCUGUUAGGGAUAGGGAGGGUAGUGCAGAGAGGAGGGCCAAAAUUGAGCAGUGGAAUAGGGAAAAGGACCAAGUAGUAUCUGCUAAUGAGAAUACUACUACUGGUGUCGCUCACAAUGACAGCAAUGGGCACGAUGCACAGAAUGGAGAGGAAUACUAUGAGCAGCAACAACCACGGCGAGGAGGACAUGGAUCAUAUGAAUAUGAUCACUAAUCUGGUGGUGUGCAGGUUUUCAGUUCUAGGAUGGGGAAUGUGAUAUUGUUUCUUGUUUAUACUUCGUUAUUUCAUUUAUUUUGUUGCUGGUUUGGUUUGGUUUUCAAAGUCAGUUUUUUCAUUCAGUCUCAAUGUUUUGCUAAAAGAUUUUUUUUGGUUGAGGUACACCAAUUCCUUCCCUUUGUCGCCGGUUUAAACUUCUCCACCUUAUUUUUCCCGCGCUAAAUUUUGAUCAUACAAUAACUUUUCUGGUCAUAUGGAUUCUUAGGUUUUUUAAUGAUCUGGUCAAAAUUCUGAGAACGGCAGUGUGAUACUGAGUAGAGCCCUCCAAAAGAGAAGCAUUUGGUGAAUGAUCACCACUUGCUCUCAAGUCACAUGUUUGAUGGUUUUGUUGUUUUUAAUUUUACCGUAUGUGGUGCACAUCCAUGAAAAAGUUUCUGAGCAUCUAUUUUGAGAUAUGUUGAUCUUACUUAUUUUCAUGAGUUGUUGCAGGUUCAGCUUCUGAGGAACAACCUUACUUUUUAUGUCAACUCACCGUGAGCUUUGAUUACAGGUUUUGGCUCGACGUCAGUGAUGCGAGUCCACAAGAUUUUAAUGUUUGAUGGUGCGAAAGUUGAAGUUAUCUUGGCAGGUUGGGUAUUCUAUAUGGAGGAAGGACAUUUUUCUUGGUCAUUUGCUCGAUGCUUGCUCAUUAUGUUUAGUUUGAGGAAGAUGUCUGGUUUUAAUUCAGAACAGAACUUUACUUUUUAUACUUGACCAUGUAGAAGUACUUCAUUUUCUAUUUGGUCGGCUCAGCGUAAGUUUUAGUAGACUUAAAUUCUCUAAGCAAUGAAAACCUGAGGAGUUUCUUUUUAUGUCUGUAA